AUCUUCGGAGGAGAGCAACUUUAGUCGGUGGAUGUCUGGCAGCGGACAUACGACGAUCGAAUAUUUAAAUUCGUUCGAAUAUUUUCCUUAUCUCUCCGAUACGACAGAAGUGAGGGUUUUUUUUUGGGGGGAAAAAGUUUUAGAAGAGUAAGGAGUUGAGAGUGAAGCAGAUUUUUUCAUUAUAACCGGACUGCAAAGCAUUGGAGCGUGAAUAUUGGAGUGCGAAGAACAAAGUUUCUACCGUAUCUGUUUUCUUUUCUGCGAUGUUUUUUGAAUCAGAUUUGGUGCACACUGUGAUCAAGAAAAACAUAGCUGAACAAUAAUAGAAUAUUAAUCGGAAAAUUAAGUGUCGGUGUGGAAAGUGUUGAUGAACAAUUGCGAAAAUUGAAUCGGAUAGCGAAAAGUUGCUUCAUCAUGGAUAAACUAUUCGUAUUGACGUUGGCUUUUGUCGUACUAACAGCAACCGCACAAGCUCUAUCAAAUGACAAUAUUGACAUCUCUGUGGACGUGGAUUCCGACUCGAAGGCGUACCAUCAGUUCAAGACGCGAGAAGGAUCCUUCAACUACGGGUACAACGUUGCCAAGCAGCACUUCAAUCAGUUCCAGCACAAAGUUCGCGGUCCGGAUGAUGUGACCUACGGGUGCUACGGAUUUGUCGAUCCCAAGAAUGGCACCCAUCUGUACCACUAUGUGUCGGAUCUGAAAGGCUACCGAGUGGUUCCGCCGAAUAAACCCACGAAAAUCUACCGGCAGCGCGUGGCGGAAAGUGUAAAGCAACUGCUUGAAGCUGUGGAGGAAAAUCUUCCCUGGGAACGGCUGUAUUUCCCAGAAGUCUGUCGGUAUCUGUAUCUCAGCCAUAAGCAAUCGAACAAGUUCGUCCUUCCUCCGGACCUCGUCAUCAACGACGACGGCACUGUAACAAAGGAGGCGGACAAGCCAUCGCAAGUCCCAUUAGAAGUGCCACCCCGCCCAGCUCCAGCCAAACCGGCAGAUGCAAAAAUUACACCCGAUGCCAGUCAACAGCGAGCAACGACGGCCAGUCGGCCAACACCCCCAAGGGCACCCGCUCAGUACAGCCCUCCUGCUGCUCCGGUCACAUUUGCCCCCACAGUUAGGCAAACGACGAGACCUACGACAACAACUCCUCGGCCAACCGUCGCCAGCAGGACUCCCGCUUUCGUAAACCCACAACCGCAGGGAGGUAGCGUUACUCCGGUGCGUGUUGCUCCGGCUCCAACCCCCAGACCGACGCCGGCCCCUGCUCCAGCGCCAACCCUGCCACCAAAGAGAAUUAGUAACGAUAUCACCGGACAACCGUCGAAGAUUGUCGCCAAACCGAUCGAAAGCCGGCCGGUUCCGAAGCCCAGCCUAGCAGUUCGAAGACCUAAUGAGCCGCAAGCCACGACCUACACGGAAACGGUUUUGCCCUCUGGAAAACCCCAAGAUUUGGAUGCCAUCCAUCAAGACGUUCGGGAGGUGAAAGCCACCCUAAAGAAGCUGCUGGAUCACAUCUUUACCCGCAAAGCCGACUGUGAUACUCCCCACGCGAGAGCUCCGGCCGGAGUUCAACCGGGAGCACCUGUCACACCGACUGGCCACAUCACCGCCUAUCUGCCGUUGGUUUUGGCAGACUUCCCCACCGAAGUAGCAGGGCCAGUAGCACACCAAGCCCCAGUGGCAACCGUUCCCAUAUCAACAGGGCACCCUAAUGGCGGCACUGUGAAGUUGGCCCUGCCAGCACUUCCCGCCUUUCAACCGCCGCAGUGUCCCGUGUGUCGAAGCAACAAGAAGUGAAUCUUCAGUGUAUUUAAUUUGUGUAAUAAAUUAAUUUUAAACGAGUA